CCCCUCGCCAUGAAGCGGCAGAACCUGCGCACGGCCGCGCUCAUCCUCUGCAUCUUCUCCUACCUGCUGGUGGGCGCCGCCGUCUUCGAUGCGCUGGAGUCGGAGGCGGAGAGCGGCCGCAAGCGGCUGCUGGAGCAGAAGCGCGGGGAGCUGCGGAGGAAGUACCGCUUCUCCGCCGACGACUACCGGGAGCUGGAGCGGCUGGUGCUGCAGGCCGAGCCGCACCGCGCCGGCCGCCAGUGGAAGUUCGCCGGCUCCUUCUACUUCGCCAUCACGGUCAUCACAACCAUCGGCUAUGGACACGCUGCCCCGGGCACGGAUGCCGGCAAAGUUUUCUGCAUGUUCUACGCCAUCCUGGGCAUCCCCCUGACGCUGGUCAUGUUCCAGAGCCUGGGGGAGCGCAUGAACACCGUGGUGCGGCUGCUGCUCAAGAAGAUCAAGAAGUGUCUGGGCAUGAGGACAACCCAUGUCUCCAUGGAGAACAUGGUCCUUGUGGGCUUUCUGUCCUGCAUGGGCACCCUGUGCAUCGGCGCCGCAGCCUUCUCUUACUUCGAGGGCUGGACUUUCUUUCAUGCCUAUUACUACUGCUUCAUCACCUUGACCACUAUUGGCUUUGGAGACUUUGUGGCUCUGCAGAAGAACGAGGCUCUGCAGAAGAAGCCCCCGUACGUGGCUUUCAGCUUCAUGUACAUCCUGGUGGGCCUGACCGUCAUCGGCGCCUUCCUCAACCUGGUGGUGCUGCGGUUCCUGACGAUGAACUCGGAGGACGAGCGGCGGGACGCCGAGGAGCGAGCCUCGCUGAGGAGAGCCCGGAACAACAUCCACCUCAAGCCAAAAGAGGACAGCCGGAGCAGCAACGCCAUUUUUCUCCCCGCGGAGGACAGGACGAGCCAGAUGAACCUGAUCCCGCUGGUCCAGGAGGACGCGGAGAGGCAGCGGCGCCAGUCGGCCAACUCGGCGGCCGCGGUGCCCUCCUUCUGCACGUGCCUGUGCUACAGACCCCAGGUGUGCGGCAGCCCCGUGCCCUCCCACCCCGAGACUCUGAGCUGCCACACCAACCCCGUGUACUACAACUCCAUCUCCUACAAAAUCGACGAGGUGUCCCUGAGCACGCGGGGUCAGACCGGCUCUUCCCCGGGGAGCACUUUGUCAUCCAACAGCCCUCGCUGCCGGCAGCACCCCCGGCUGCGCAGGAAAUCCAUCUAAGGAGCGCGUGCCAAGCUGCACCCAGCGCUCGAGUCUUACCAUGAUGAAAAAUUAAGAACAGAGAUGCCAGGUUCUUCUUACUCUCUCAUUUCUUCUGUUACUCUCCCCCUUCAGCUGGCAGCCAGCCCCAUGCAGGGUCCAGCAGGAGCCUUUAAACCCUGUCGAGAAAUAAGUACUCCUUUUUUGCAGGCACUGAAUGACAUUGUCGGUUUUUAUUUGCUUUUUCCUCCCAAGUAGGUUCAGGCAUUUGGGUCUGGCAAGAGCCCCCCUGGUGUGAAGCCCGGCGAGCUGUAGGUUUGCUUUCCCACCUCCCUGCUCCCCAAAGGGUGCUUUGCUGCUUUCCCACCCUGCCAAACCUUGGCUGUGGCUGCUGCCAGCACAUGGCUCCUGCUCCAUGGGGUGGGUUGCACUUGCUGAGAGUACCAGAAGCAGGGCCCAUGUGAGUGAGCCCUGCAGGGUUGGGGGCCUUUAAGUUGUCCCCUGACACUGGAUGCAGGUAAGUCAGUGCCAUGCAGUAGGUUUGCAGCUGGUGAUGGGCAGGAGGGAAUGGGCUCAGCACAUGGGGAUGGCUUCAUGGAGUUGCAUCUCCCAGGCCUUUAGGCUGGCUCAGUGCUUCUGGAAGCUGGAGGCCCAUGCACUCACCCACUUGCCCACCAGCACACCGUACCUCUUACACCUUACUGCCACUGGUGGGUCCUGAGCUGGCUGGUGGGAUGCUGUGUCCCACUCACAGGGGAAGCUGAACUCCUGCAGUCCUGCCCAGCCCUCCUUUGCUGAGCCCGCACUGUGCUAAGGACAGCCCCAGGGAGAGCCUUCCUCAACCACACAAAGUCACUUGAAAAGGGCUUGGCCUUGAGGAGACUUUUUUUUUAGCUAAAAUCACCCCUCCCUUCCCCACCUUUCCUCCAGCUGGAAGCCCCAGCAGGAGUGCCAGCUCCUCACCUCCUCACAGUCCCCACGAGCCCCUGGGUCUGUGUUUAUUGCUGCUGGGAUUACCUGAGGGGGCUGAUCCCAUCCCCACGUGCCCCCCACACCUAGGAGGCUCUUUCCAGCUAGUGGCCUUUGUCCAUCCUGUCUCAUCUGCAGGAAAGCAGGACUAGGCUCUGACAGCGGCAGGAGCCCUGUCUCACUUUUUUUUUCCCCAGUAAAGGGACAUUGUCACUAUUGGCUCUAUCUAAAAUACCCUCUGAGGGGGUUUUCCUGAAGGAAAAUCCACUUUUCUUGAUGUGAAGGCAUGGAGAGUGCCAGUGUUGGAAAGGUCUCAGGGCAGGCUUUGCUCUCUCCCCUUUUGUUCUGGGUGGCAGCUUAAUAAAAGAUGAAUCCAG